AUGACCGAGGUUCCACAACAUGAUGUCGCGCAAUCUUGGAGCACAGACCGAAAUUCCAGGUAUGAUGGCCGCGCAGGCUACCGGGAGGGAUUCACGUUGCGAAUGUCCCCAGGCGAGCGAGGCUGUGCAAUGUCCCAUGUGCGUGCGUGGCGGAGAACGGCUGCCGGCAACAGGCCGGUGCUGAUUCUCGAGGAUGAUGCUGUACCAGCAAAGCAAUUCUGGAAGCGUUUGAAGCGCGUUGUCUUGGCAGCGGCGGAGCAGUCUGCUGAUGCAUUGUACCUGGGGCAUAUCCAAGGUGCGCCCUGGAGGCAGCGACUGGCUCCGGGUUUAUACGAGGCAGAGUACCUUUGGACGACAGUGGCCUACGUCCUCUGGCCGCAGGGUGCACAAAAGCUUCUGUCUGUGCUGCCAGUGGAUCAGCCGGUGGACAACUUCAUGGCCUGGCAGAUGUCCCAGAGGCCGUGGUUUGUAAAGAGUUUAGGACCUUAG